GCACCACACACACACACACCCUCCCCAACCCACCACCACCACCCAACCCCCCUCUCAAGUCUUUGUUAGCCAUGCCUAGCCUGGUAGUAUCAGGGAUAAUGGAAAGGAACGGGGCUUUCGGCGAGCUAGGCUGUUUCGCGGGGAACAGCAAGGACCGGGCGCUGCUGGAGGAUGACCGAGCUUUGCAGCUCGCCCUGGACCAGCUGUGUCUGCUCGGGUUGGGGGAGCCGUCCUCCUCCUCCUCCUCCUCCGCCGCGGUGGGAGCGGAGGACAGCAACAACAACAACAGCAGCCACCCGCCGCCGCCGCCCCAGCCGCCCCAGCCGCCGCCGCCGCAGCCGCCCCAGCCGCCGCCCCCGCCGGCCCCCAAAGGCUCCGCGACCCUUUCGUCCUCCGCGUCCCCCGCCGGGGCGGCCGAGACCAAGUUGUGCGCCUUGUACAAGGAGGCCGAGCUGCGGCUGAAGAGCAGCUCCAACACCACCGAGUGCGUCCCCGUGCCCAGCUCCGAGCACGUGGCGGAGAUAGUGGGCAGGCAAGGCUGUAAGAUCAAAGCUCUGAGGGCAAAGACCAACACCUACAUCAAGACCCCGGUGCGUGGCGAGGAGCCAGUCUUCAUGGUGACGGGGCGGCGGGAAGACGUAGCCAUGGCUAGGCGGGAGAUCAUCUCGGCAGCUGAGCACUUCUCCAUGAUCCGGGCCUCCCGCAACAAGGCCGGCACCACCUUUGGCAGCGCCCCUACCCUGCCCGGCCAAGUCACCAUCCGGGUCCGUGUACCCUAUCGCGUGGUGGGCUUGGUAGUGGGUCCCAAAGGGGCCACCAUCAAGCGGAUCCAGCAGCAAACCAAUACCUACAUCAUCACACCCAGCCGGGACCGGGACCCCGUCUUUGAGAUCACAGGAGCACCCGGCAACGUGGAGCGGGCCCGGGAGGAGAUUGAGACCCACAUCGCAGUGAGGACGGGCAAGAUCCUGGAAUACAACAAUGAGAAUGACUUCCUGUCCAGCAGCCCUGACUCGGGCAUGGAGAACCGAUACUCAGAGGCGUGGCGGGUCCACACGCCUGCCCCAGGCUGCAAGCCCCUCUCCACCUUCCGACAGAACAGCCUUGGGUGCAUCGGUGACUGCUCUGUGGACCCGGUCUACGAGACACCCCGACUGAACGACCAAAAUGACUUCAAUUAUGGUUACCUCUUUCCUAACUAUGGUGUGAACAAACAAGAUCUCUAUUAUGGGGUGCCAGAAUCUGGUGCCCCCAUGUGGGCCGGGCAGGAAAACACCAACCCCGUCUCAGUGCUCUUCUCUAAGCAGCAACGAUCCGGCAGCACCGGCGCCGUCCAUCCUAACUCGCAUCGCUCCCCAUCCUCUUCUAUCCAAGAGCCUAACCUCUCUGGGCUCCCCAGAAGGUCUCCAGGGGAACCACUGCAAGGAUUUUCCAAGCUGGGAGCCAACACCACCGCCCGGACAUCCAUCUCCAGCAGCCGGGAGUGCAUGGUGUGUUUUGAAAGUGAAGUGACGGCCGCCCUGGUGCCAUGCGGCCAUAACCUCUUCUGCAUGGAGUGCGCUGUGCGGAUCUGCGAGAGGACCGACCCGGAGUGCCCGGUUUGCCAUGCUGCAGCCACUCAGGCUAUUAGAAUAUUUUCUUAA